AAGACUCUCGUGAAUUGAGGAGCGGAAACCGCUAACAAGUAUAAACGAAACACCUCACAAGCGUCUUUAGAACGUCAGCAGCAUUUGAAAAUAUCAAGUCAUGAAUGAGGCAAAUCUAGAUUUAUUGAGCGAUUUGGAGUUCACUAGCCUUGAGUCAAGAUUGAAAACUGAGAGAUUGAGAAGUAAGCGUUUGCAGUCGUUGUUCAAUUUGUGCAUGAAUGAGGUAACUCAAAAUUUGGAGAUGGCACGCGAUCCCAAUUUCCGGUCUGCUUUGAGUAGAGUUCCUGCUACUUUGGUCCAGGCUGUCUUGAAAAAUUCCCUCAGCAAAGCAAUGAACGUUGAAUUGGACCAGAUCUUGCUUCUGUGCACGGAAAAUUUGACCGAGUUUGAUUUUGAAUGGAUCAUGCAGGGAAAGUCUAAUAAUACAUUCGACGCUAUUGCCAACAUUAGUGUAUGUCUGCACCAUCUGAGGCAAAAAUGCUCAAAAAUAGCCGCACUGCGAUUAUGCUGGCCAAGAGAGCUGCAGUUCGACUUUCCUUUGAAUCAUCUAACCCAGUGGAAAAAUCUGAAAUUCCUAUCGGCCCGUGAUUUCAUUUUUGACCAAAACUGCUUGCAGCUAUUGGCACAAAACCACAACGAACUAGAGACCCUGGAAAUGAGUGUUUUUAUAAGCAGCUGGGUUUUAGUGUCUGCCUUCGCUGAAUUUCAGAAUCUGCGGAAGCUCAGUAUUUUAGGUACCAUCCCGAAAGACGAGAAGGUGGUGAAAUUCCGCGAGAGGACAGUAAACAAACUGUUUGCGGCGAUUGCUGCUUCCGUGCCAAAACUAUCGCACUUCCACUUCGAGCUGUCCGAGCGCUGUCCUUCGCGAGGAUCGGACGGAUUCAUCGAAGAAUUGGUCACUUCUGACCGGUUUGCCGGACCCCUGCAUCUGAUCGAGCUGAAAGUUUUCAAUCUCAUGAUCCCGUGGCCGGCUAGAGACCUUAGUUUGGGCAAGCUAACGAUUUACGGCGAUUUUCUAGACUCAAACCCCGACACUGUGGAUAACUUGAGAACAAUUCCUACCGAAAAUUUGAACACGCUGGUACUGAACGAGGUGGACGCGGAUUUUCUCUACCAAAUAUUGCAGUUUUUGGGGAGCAAAGUGCAACAUCUAGUGCUGCACUGGUCUCACCCGCCGGUAGAUUUGAAUCUGUACAAGAUUCUGCAAAUGUGCCCGCGUUUGCUAAGCAUAUCUCUGGAUGAGUUUUCAACUGCAGAAGAAAUUGAGGGGUUUGAAUUGAGUCCACGGUUUUUCCACCAGAUGAGAGAGUUUAAUUUCUACAGGAGCAGAAGCGAAAUAAUCAAUCGAUACCACAACUGUGAAAUUUUCAAAACGUUCCUAAUCGGCUCAAACAAUUUAAGUCCCAAACUGCACAUUUUCGUCGGCGAAUUGCUGCAGACCGUUUUAAAUGCACUUGAGGGAGACCCUACGAGUUUGAAAAAUGUUAUAGAUUUGGAAUUGGACGUUCAAUUUCCAGACCAGAUCCCCACUUUGGCGCAAAUUGCUAAGAUUAUGAUUCAGCGUGCACCGGGAUUACAAAAAAUUAAAAUCGGAUGCCAGGGACUGGUCAGUGAGAGGAGAAUGAAAUCCUUUUUAGAUGGAAAUUUCAUCCGACUGAUAUCUGAGCUCGGUGUCAGUCUGCAAUUCGACUGCUCUAAGUAAAAAUUGGUAUUUUUGUUAUUAUAGUUAUUUUGGCUAUUUUUGUAAGUAACAAAUAUUCUGUGUCAAGAUUAUAUUUAUAAUUAAUACAUAAAUUUAAUGUUCAAAGUUUUAAGAGAAUUAAAAAUAAAUAUAAUUUUACUGACAAACUAGGGAACAUUUUUACGUUUCACAUGAUGGAAAAACUGUAGAAAAAUAAAAUUAUUUAAAAUAAACAUAACAAAAAUGGUAAAAGCGCUUCAUUGACAACCACGUGAAAUUGAUAUCCUUAAAAAUUUCAAAUUUUCUUUAAUUGCAGAUUAUUAUGUUAUAUAAAGUGAAACCCUUCUUUAUAUGUGACACCCGUGGCUGCGCGCACCCUCCAGUUCAGUGGAGAACAAGUGAGUCGCGAGAGCCGCAAUGUGAAUAUAGACGGUGUUCACUGCUGCUUCUGGUGCUCAUGCUUAUACGCUCAUUCCUUUGCAAUAAAACACAGUUUAGAAUUGACAAUGGGCAUCAGAUGACAUAAUCUUAUUUGGAUUUAAGGACAGCACCAAAAUGUCAGACGAAAUCGCGUACAUGAGUGAGCCAUUUUUCAAUUUGAUAAUGAGAGCUGUCAACCGAGAGAGAUGGAAGAGAAGGAGGGUUGGGACAUUAUUGGAUCUCUGCUUAACAGCAAUCAUAAGAAAAUCGUCUCUUUUUGAGAGAACUCACUACCUAACACAAAAUAUGCCUAAAUCAUUGGCAAAGACGCUAUUCCGAUUCAUAAUCGACGCACUGGAAGCCAAAAAGAAAGUGGUGGCGGGCGUCGGGAUCGAUUUUCUGCUGCAGCUCGUCAACGAUUCGUUCCUCGAAUUCGAUUUCGUGGCUUUGCAGCAAUUGGUGCCGGCGACCGAGCAGCGCUUUGAAAACAUUCAAACGAUAUGCGUCCUGCUGCACCACAUCCAAAGACACUGUCUACACAUCGAGUGGCUGCGGCUCUGCUGGCCUAACGAACUGCAGUUCGCUUUCCCUUGCCAAAGUGUUAGCCAGUGGACACACCUCAAGUUCCUCAGCAUUAAGGACUUCAUUUGCGAGCCAAAAACUUUGCGGGUGCUCUCGAAAAAUCACCAAAACCUCGAAGAACUCGAGAUAACGAUUUUCCUGAGCGAGGAGGAAACGAGCGAGUGCGUAGGGUACCUGACCAACAUGAAGAAGCUGCGCAGCCUGAGUCUACAGAUCACAAUACCAAACCCAUCAUUCGUGGAGCAGUCACGCUUCCGCACGAAGACCAUAGUGGCCCUAAUGGCCAACGUGGCGUCCCGGACCCCCAGUCUGACCAACUUCCACUUCUACCUGUCGGACAACUUCCCGGUCAACAGCUGGAAAGGCUUCGUGGAGAAAUUCAGCCGCAUUCAGCAAGAAGCCGAGCGAGUGGUGCACCUAACCGAGCUGGAACUGGAUUCUCUGCAGUGCGAGUGGCCCAAGAGCCUCACCGUGGGCAAAUUGAAGAUCUUCGGCCAGGAUCUGCAACCCUCCUCCAUCGCCAAGCUGGCCACGAUUCCCAGGGAAAGACUGGUUGCAUUGGAGCUGCACGGCGUGCGUGACGUGGAUGUCUACCGAAUUCUGCACAUUUUCGGCCCGACCCUGACGCAGCUGGGCCUCAAGUACGGCCUGCCGAACGGAGCCACGCACUACCGUCUCAACCUCUACAAGGUUGUGCAGGCGUGUCCGGUGCUGCAGAAGCUGUUCGUCGACGAGUUUUCCACGUCGGACAGGCCGGAAGACUGCACCCUCGACGCGGAAAGUUUCACUAACCUGCAGGUGUUUUCCAUUUACAGGACCAAGUACGAUAACAUGCAUUUGGUGUACCGCUACGAGAACUGCAAACUGUUCCAAAUGUUUUUGCACGGCUCGAAAAAGAUCGACUCGCGAGUGCAUAUUUACGUCGAGGAGAUGAUCCCUGCCGUCCUGCAGGCCUUGCAGGACGACCAAGAGUGCCUGAGGGAGGUCAAGGAUCUGCACAUCGACUUGCAGUUCCCGCAAACGCGUAUCCGACUUGUGAUGCAGAUCGGGAAGAUCCUCAUGCUGCGCUCGCCCGUCCUCGAGAGGAUCAAAAUUUGGUACCAGUACAUAUUCGACCGUGGCACAUUGGACAUUUAUUUGGAGAAUUGGUUUAUGAAAAUGGCUGAGGCUUUGGACGUGUGUUUGGAGUACGAGCCGAUUUAUAAACGGCCCCUCGAGUGGGAGGCUUACAGUGAUUGAAUAAUAUAAUGGUUAUGAUGUAGUAAAAGCGUGUCUACUUAUUUUUUACUUAAGAGAAAAUCCCCUUUAUUACCUUGU